AUGGACUUCACACUUGGUCCCAAGUCCAGUUGGGAUGACCAGGGACUGUGGUUCACGCUGGUCGUCAACACCAUUCUACUUGCAGCGCUCAGCUUCGCCAGCUUCACCCUUCUCGUCACACCAGUCCUGUGGCUGCGGCGUCUCUACCGCACCAACCACACCACAAUAGUGGUGUCAUCGCCAGGCAGAAGAAGAGAGUCUGAUACAGAGGAAACGCCCCUCCGCGCCGCACAUGUGGGACGUGCGCUGCCGUACCGCUCCUCACUCUUUUCUCUCCCAAGCUGGCGCUCCUGGCUGAGUGUCGAGGAGGAUGUAGAGCACCUUGAGGGUGUUCUCCCACACACUGCGGCAACCCGCCCAAUUGGUAAUAUCGGCGGUUGUGAAAACAUGAGGGAUGAUGAGUCGUCCAGAGAUUCGACAUACAGUGCAACGAAGGGGGAUUCAACCCCACCAGAGGCAACAGCAGCAAGAACGGCACGGGAGAAGGAUGCUGGGAAGGAAAAGGACAGUGUGUUUGAGGAAGUAAGUCGUCCUUCAGGCAGCAGCGGUGGUCUAUUGGAAGAGACAUCUCGCGGCUCACGUAAGGCGCCUCUCGACCCGCAGGUUGCUCUCUACCUCGCCUUCCUAAAGCUCUUCGCAACAGUCUUCAUAGUUGGUGGGUUUAUUAACGUAUGGAUCUGCGCCGUCUCCGGCACCGAUAACUACAUCGAGCAUUAUAUGGUUCGUCGCGAUAUUCAUCAUUGUCGUCGCUAUUCAGACGACGACAAGACAGCAUGCGUUGACAAGGCGCCGUUUUGUCAAUACAUUGAAGGUGCGGGGUGCUACCCAGUGGCGCUUAACGGCCUCUAUGAUCUUUCCGUUCAGAACAUUGCCCCACGCAGUUGGCGUCUGUGGCUGGUGGGUGUGUUUGACUUGUGCUUUUGCACGGUCUACUUUGUGUCUGUGAUAUUCUUUCUGCACCACGUCGAUGCAUACAUCAGGACGGUGAUGCGCCUGCAGAUGAAGCACGCGCUUGGUCACCGCGUGGCGGUUGUGCGUGGCCUCAAGGAUAAGAUCGUGUCAGAGUCUGAAUUUCGACAACGCUACCUCGUGGAGAGCGCGUACUUCCCGCCCAGGCCGAGGCGGAACGGUGGUGGCGGCAGUGGUGAUGGGGAAAUGGACAAUAAUUGUAGGGGUGUUGAUGAUGACGAUGAUGAUGACAGAGUGUACUAUCAGUGCGACUGUACGGGACUGGGAUGUCUCUUCUCGAUUGUGGGCUUCAACUACUACAAGACCACGCGCUGGGACGCCGUCUUCACAAGAGAUGGUAGUGUAAAGCAGCUGCUGUUUCCUCGCAAGCCGCCACACAGCAUGUACAAGUACAUGGAGCAAACAGAGAAGGCCAUGGAGGCUCUACAGGAGGCGGUGGCAGAUCAAAAGGCCUCUCUGCGGCGGCAGCGGCAGGAGCAAAUGGAGCCGCAGGACGAUGUGCUGAUGAUGCGCGCACCAUUCCCGUCCUGCUGCACCAUGGUACCAAGGAUCGAGUACUGGAAGGAGGUGUUUCUCUUGCGGGCGUCAAAACUGAACAAUUGCAUCGAUAUUAUCCCUGAGAGCGACAAGAAGGGAUCUGCCUUUGUUGUUUUCGCCGAUGCGCUGUCGGCGUACGAGUUUGUAAACUUAUUUGAGUCCCUCAACGGCGUUAUGUCGAGCACGCGUGCCACCAUCGCUGGGCCACCGGACGAUAUCAUUCACAUCAAUGUGACGGCAGACCGACACAUGGGUUGGCUGCGCACCUUAGCGGUGGUGGCGGCCUUCACCGUGCUGCUCUUCUUCUGGUCUCUGCCUGUUGGGUUUCUCGGCUCCCUCGACAACAUCUCGCGUGUGCCUGGAAUUGGCGGAGCGCUCUACGAUUUCUACAUGCGCACACCAGAGACCAUUCGCGGUAUUCUGACGGCGUACCUCCCUGUUGUGGUGUUGGCGCUCUUCAACGUUGUACUGCCCUUUAUUAUACGCGGCUUUGUGGUGGGGAUGGGCGCUGUCAACCGCGCCGAGCACGAUGGCGGGGAACUGCACCUGCAGUAUCUCUUCAUGGUGCUCACUGGUGUCGUCUUCCAGGCGGCGCUGCAGGGUGGGCUCUUCCAGCUCGCCGACCUGAUCGCCGACCCGACGAGCGAGGCGGUGAUUAACUUCUUCGUCGCGCUUGUCAGUCCGCAGGGGGGCUACUGGUACGCCAAGGUCAUCACCGCUGCGUGCGUGUCGACGUGGAUUAACCUCGUCGACCCUGUUGCGCUGCUCAUGGCGCUGCUGCGGCGGAAACUGGUGAGCGUGCAGCGCGUGUACGACAGUCUCUUCAAUCCGUGUGUGUUUGAGUGGGCACAGCUCUACAGCUUUGACCUCACAAUCCUCGCGAUGGGGCUUCUCUUUCACAUGACGGUGCCGCUCCUGGCGCUGUUCGUCGGGCUGUACUUUGUCGUGCGCUACAUGACGCAGCGGUGCCGGCUGUACGACCGCUACCGCCCCACCAUUCACCCGCUGCAUGACUGCACCGUCUUCACCGCAUCGGCGCAGGCGUUGCGGGCGGCAAGUUGGCUCUACUGCGCUGGCGGCAUCGGCGGCGUGCUGUUCAUGAGCCUGCGCGGCCACGUGGGCGGGGUUGUGCUCUGCUCCAUCUCGCUGGCGGUGGGCAUGCUGCUGCUCACGCAUGUUCACAUGGUGUCGCGGCGCUGGAUCGCCUCACUCGCCAACGCGCGGCGGUUCCUCUCGGCGGAGUCGGUGCUGUGCACACAAUACGGCACGUCUGGGUUGAGCGUGGGGCGCACCACAACACCAACAGGAGGGGUCGAGACGACGCCAGAGUCGCCGAAUGUUGUGGAGGAUGGAACGUCGUUGGAGCGCCUCACUAGAAGCCUCGUGCAGCCAAAGCGCAGGAGUAAAUGUGACGACAGCGAGGCGUCCAGUACACCGCUGAUGGAAGGCGGCGGCGGCGGCGGCAGCAGCAGCAACACGCCUCUGCAGCGCAGCAUCACAAAUUUUUACCGUAACAUAUUGGGCCCCACCACGGAACUGCUUCCGCGGGUUUCUAAUAUCAACUCACGUUACCAGCCGAAACAUCAACAGCUGGUACACAUUGACGCUGCGCAAGAGAUUCAGCGCCUGGAGGCAACGGAGUUUGUAGUGGAGCGGUACUGGGACGGUGCAUUUGAGGUGUUGCACGAGAGUGACGUGGUGGUGGGAGGCUCCCCUGUGGAGCAACUGCCGCAGCCACGGGAAGGUAUGAUUCUGUAA